UGUCAUUAUAAAUAUUAUAAGAAUUGAUCAUUUCCGCAUCUGUAUACCAUUUUUCUAGAGAAAAUUUCCCCUAACCUGCGCCGUUUAAAGCUCUUAGCCUGCGCUUCGCCGGCGAUUGAUGAUAAACUGAUCCCGUCGGUUGUAUACAAGGCCUAGAUUUCGUAUCAGGAGGAAAAAAUAGAAAGAUUAGAUGGAGGUCAUGGUUGGCUCUUCCUUUGGAAUCGGCGUGGCGGCGUGCGUUAGAGAUCGGACCGGUGUCUCGGCGCAGGAUAAGUCCGUACCGGCGGCGUCUCUGUUUUCGGCGGAUGGUGGAUCGCAGAUCGGACUUGCUAGUCGGAUCGGAUUAAGGGUGAAUAGAAAAUCGCCGGAGGAAUCGUCGGAGGAUAGUUCAUCGUCGAUCGGAGAGAACAGCGAAAACGAGGAGGAAGAAGAAGACGACGCCGUUUCAGUCCAGAGAGGAGGAGGAGGAGGAACACUUGUUUCGUUUUGUUCCUCUUUAGAAGACUCUCUGCCGAUUAAGAGAGGAUUAUCAAACCAUUACGUAGGGAAAUCGAAAUCUUUUGGGAACUUAAUGGAGCAAAUGAAUAACAACGCAAAAGAUCUUGAGAAAGGAGAGAAUCCAUUCAACAAGAGGAGGAGAUUGAUUAUUGCUAAUAAGCUGAGGAGUAGAGAAAGAUCCAUGUCAGUUUCGAGUAUUUAUUCUUGGCAAAACCCUAAUUCUAUGUCGUUAUUUGCAGUCCAAGAACACAAUGAAGUGAAUCAUCAUAAUGAUGAUCAAGACUAUGGGGAAAAUGAAGGUGAUGAUCAAACUGUGAGGAAUAUCUUGAUGAAAAAUAAGAGAGAUUUGAUGGCUCAGACCAAAAGUUGUUUCUGUCUUAGUAGUUUGCAAGAAGGUGAUGAUGAUGAGGGUGGAGUUGAUAAUUAGUGAUUAGUCAUUAACAUGGUUUAGUGAUACUUGUUCUUCAAUUUGGUCUUCUCUUGUGAAUUUGAUUAGAGGAAGUUUCAGUGGUCGAAGAUUUGAUACAAUAUAUUAUUAUUUAUUAGUAGAGUUUUCCUAUCAACAAAGGACAUUUUCUUCAGUCUUGUUUGUGUCG